UCGCAGAGGCGGCGCUUGGAUUGGGUGACAUCAGCUGCGGGCGAGCCGGGAUGCUGAGCGUGGCUCUGCCAUCGGGUCCCCACCCUGCGUCCCCAAAAAGGUGUCCUGCCCGGGUGGUGCCAGCAGGCGGGCGCUGAGGAUGCUGCGCUAAGGGAUGUCGAUGGUGCUCACCCUGCUCGUCUCCGUCCAUCGGCUGUGCCGGCUCUUCGCCAUGUCUGGUGCGGAGAGGUUGGCGGUACCCGAGUGCGUGAGCCAGGCGGGAUGCUGGGCUGCAGGCGGCUCCAGGGAGCGCCGCGAGGUUUCCCCCGGGGUGAAUUCAGACGUACGGGCGGCUCUGGAGCGGAUCCUGCCCGCACUGCAGCGCUCCAUCGCCUGCGCCAAGCAGGCUGCGGGCCCUGCUGAGAUGGGGAAAGCCAUCGCUGAGAUCUUCCAGCUGGUGGAGGAAGCUUGGGGGAUGCCCACGCUGGGCAGGGAUGUGGCCAAAGCACUGUGUGAUGCCAUCCGCCUGGAGGGAGGCCUGGACCUGCUGCUCAACCUGCUCUACACGGCCGAGCUGGAGACCAAGUGCCAGGCGGGGCAGCUGCUGGAGCAGAUCCUGGUGGCAGAGAACAGGGACCGGAUUGCCCGGAUCGGUCUAGGCGUGAUCCUGAACCUAGCCAAGGAGCGAGAUGUUCUCCAGCUGGCUCAGAGCGUCUCUGGCAUCCUGGAGCACAUGUUCAAGCACACUGAGGAGACAUGCUCCCAGCUCAUUUCUGACGGGGGCCUGGAUGCCAUCCUCUACUGGUGUCGCUGGACAGAUCCCGUGGUGCUGCGGCACUGUGCCAUGGCCUUGGCCAACUGUGCCAUGUAUGGUGGGCAGGGCAACCAGCGCCUGAUGAUCAAGAAGAAGGCGGCCGAGUGGCUUUUCCCAUUGGUGUUCUCAAGAGAUGAUGAAUUCAUCCGCCUGCACGCCUGCCUGGCCAUCGCCGUGCUGGCCACCAACAAGGAAAUCGAGAAAGAGGUGGAACGCUCGGGGACGUUGGCUCUGGUGGAGCCAUUUAUUGCCUCACUGGAUCCGGAGCAGUUUGCGUGUGAUAUGCUGGGGAGCAGUGACAACAGCCAGGGCAGGACAGCUGAGGACCUGCAGCGCUUGGUCCCCUUGCUGGACAGCUCACGGCUGGAGGCGCAGUGCAUCGCUGCCUUCUACCUGUGCACCGAGGCUGCCAUCAAGGCCAGACAGAAGAAAACACAGGUUUUCAGUGAGAUUGGGGCCACGCAGAGCCUCAAGAGAGUGGUUUGUUACUCCACCAGCAGCACCACCUCCUCCCUGGCCAAAAAGGUGCUGCGUCUGAUAGGGGAGGAGGUGCCCCGGCGCAUCCUGCCCACUGUUCCCAACUGGAAGCCCUGCGAGGUGCAGACGUGGCUGCAGCAGAUUGGAUUCACCAAGUUCUGUCCAAACUUCCUGGAGCGCCAGGUGGAUGGGGACAUUCUCCUGAGGCUGACAGAGGAGGAGCUGCAGGAGGACCUGGGGAUGGGCUCCAGCAUCACCCGAAAGAGGUUUUUCCGGGAGCUGACAGAACUGAAAACCUUCGCCAACUACUCCACCUGCGACCGCAGCAACUUGGCCGACUGGCUGGGUAGCAUUGACCCCAUGUUCCGCCAGUACACCUACAACCUGCUGACCUGUGGCAUCAACCGCAACCUCCUGCACCGCGUGACGGAGCAGCAGCUGCAGGAGGACUGCCACAUCAGCACCGGCUUCCACCGCAUCCGCAUCCUCUCUGCUGCAAGGGAAACGCUUCAUUCUCCUAUAACGUUGCAAACGGCAUCCAAUGGGACCGAUGUAUUUAUCAGCUACCGGAGGAGCUCGGGGUCACAGCUGGCCAGCCUGCUGAAGGUCCACCUGCAGCUGCAUGGCUUCAGUGUGUUCAUCGACGUGGAGAAGCUGGAGGCAGGGAAGUUUGAGGACAAGUUGACCCAGAGCGUUCUGAGCGCCCGCAACUUCGUGCUGGUCCUCUCGCCCCACGCACUGGAUAAGUGCAUGGCAGACCCCGAGUGCAAGGACUGGGUGCACAAGGAGAUCGUGACAGCCCUGAAUUCUGGAAAGAACAUUGUCCCCGUCACAGAUCAUUUUGAGUGGCCUGAUCCAGAAACACUUCCCAAGGACAUGAGGGCUGUCCUGAAAUUUAAUGGCAUCAAGUGGUCCCACGAGUACCAGGAAGCCACCAUCGACAAAAUCAUCCGCUUCCUCCAGGGCCGCUCCUCCCGGGACUCCUCAGCAGGGUCAGACAAUGGCUUGGACUGUUCCCCUCCCAUUGGGCCGACCUAGAGCCAGGACAGAGGCCACAUCCCCUCCAGAGACAUGCAGGUGACCCCUUUUGAUAUGGGGCCCAAUUUCUCCCAUAGGUUUUCCCCAUCCCAGUAGUGCCCCUUCCUCUCCCUCCUGCAGGACCUGACCCAUCUCCUGCCUCGAGAUGAGGCCGGGGGCAGCCCUGGGGUGUUAGCAGCCCUGGGGAGGACAGGCUGCCCUCCAAAUCCUCAUCCAGAGUGGCUGCAUCUCCUGAGGAUGCAAAGCAGGGGGAUUGGUGGGGUACAGUGCAAGAGGACGCAGGACGGAGAGAGCAGUGCAGAGAAAACAGCUCAUCAUUGUGCUCAUAAGGUAAAGGCAGGAAUGGGCAAAUAAACCUAAGCCCUCAUCAAGUCCCUGUGUUUGGGGAAGAUAACACAUGCAAGGCUUCUAAACCACUUGGCAGGAACUUUCCCUUCCCUGGGGAUAUCCCUUUAUUACAAGAGCUCUUCCCCUCUUUGAGGCCUUUCUCUCCUGAUGCUGCAAAACCACUUUGUGCUCUUAGCUCUGCUGGCUGAAGUUUGGCUUUAGAUCAUGAGAAGUUUCCAAAGGGCUUUUGCAAAAAGUGCUUUUAAAACCACACCCUCCCCUCCAUCUGAAACCUCAGCAUUACCACUCUAUCAGGUGUAUUUAUACAUACAGCACAGGAGGCUGAACUGGGACUCUGGAAAUAUAUCCAUGUGGAUAUGGAAGAUGCUAAAUGCUGUACUGUGGAGAUAUGAUGCACUGGCUGCGUUUUAUUCUGUGGAUGGUGCUCCUUGGCACAUGUCUGGAACAUUCAGGUUGGAAAAGACCUCUCAGAUCCCCAAGUCCAAACCCAACCCACCUCACCAUGCCCUCAGUGCCACAUCCCCAUGGUUCUGGAACACCUCCAGCGAUGGGGACUCCACCACCUCCCUGUGCAGCUGUGCCACUGCAUCAUCACUCCUCCCCCCUGCUUCCCCUGAAGCCUUACUACCUGCCCUAACUAGCAGGAAUACACAUUGCCUUCUGGCUUAGAUCCAUGAAGGUUUCAUAAAAAAUAAAUUCUGGUGCUUAAUCAGAGCUUUAUAGAUUAC